CGGCAUGCAGGUGUCGAUCGCGUGUACCGAGCAGAACCUUCGCAGCCGGAGCAGCGAGGACCGUCUGUGCGGGCCCCGGCCAGGCCCUGGGGGCGGUAAUGGCGGGCCAGUCGGUGGGGGGCAUUUGAAUCCUCCGGGGGGAGAAGGGUCCCGCCCCAAGGCCCGAGCCACGCCGGUUCCCCGACCCCCAGCGCAGUCUGAGGCCCUCCGAGAGAGCACCGGCCGGAACACUGGCAUGAAAUACAGGAACCUGGGAAAGUCUGGUCUCCGAGUAUCCUGUCUUGGCCUGGGUACCUGGGUCACAUUUGGUUCUCAGAUCUCUGAUGAGACAGCAGAGGAUGUCCUGACAGUAGCCUAUGAGCAUGGCAUAAACCUGUUUGACACCGCUGAAGUGUACGCAGCAGGAAAGGCUGAAAGAACCCUAGGCAACAUCCUCAAGAGCAAAGGUUGGAGGAGAUCAAGCUAUGUCAUCGCCACCAAGAUUUUUUGGGGAGGACAGGCAGAAACGGAGAAAGGCUUGAGCCGCAAACACAUCAUUGAGGGCUUGCGAGGAUCUCUGGAACGGCUCCAGCUGGGAUAUGUGGACAUCAUCUUCGCCAAUUGCUCAGACCCCAACAGUCCCAUGGAGGAGAUUGUGCGAGCCAUGACAUACGUCAUUAACGAAGGCCUGGCCCUAUACUGGGGGACAUCCCGAUGGGGGGCUGCAGAAAUCAUGGAAGCCUACUCCAUGGCCAGACAGUUCAAUCUGAUUCCUCCGGUGUGUGAACAAGCUGAGCACCACCUGUUUCAGAGGGAGAAGGUGGAGAUGCAGCUGCCAGAGCUCUACCACAAGAUUGGUGUUGGCUCUGUCACCUGGUCCCCUCUGGCCUGUGGCCUCAUUACUAGCAAGUGUGAUGGACGAGUCCCAGAUAAAUGUAGGGCUACCAUCAAGGGGUACCAGUGGCUCAAGGACAAAGUGCAGAGUGAGGAUGGUGAGAAGCAACAAGGCAAAGUCAUGGAUCUUCUCCCCAUUGCUCACCAGCUGGGCUGCACUGUGGCCCAGCUUGCUAUUGGUGAGAUGCCACCAGCCCUGCCUCCCCCCUCCCACCCCCCACAAGGGCCCUGUCUUCUCCUGAGAUGUUCCCAAAUCUACCCUAAGAGUGGUUUGCCCCUAGACAGGAUCCUCUUCCUCAGAGAUGCCUCUGAGGGCUUGGUGGUCGCUCCUCCCCAUUGGUUGUCUCUUUUUCCUUCUCUGGCCCCAGCGUGGUGUCUCCGCGGUGAGGGUGUCAGCUCGGUCUUACUGGGGGUGUCCAGUGCAGAGCAGCUGAUAGAACACUUGGGUGCCCUACAGGUGCUGAGCCAACUGACCCCGCAAACGGUGAUGGAGAUAGACGGGCUCUUGGGGAACAAACCACUUUCUACGAAAUAGUCCGUCGGGAGCGCGGGGACCCAAACCCUAAGCCGCUGAGCCCUCCCAGGAACCGCUUCCUCGCUGCCGCUUCUCUCCAGCUCGGGAUCCCUCCAAGCAGCGGCCAAGGCCAGGGAAACCCCGCCCGCCAAAGAGUCCCGGCUUCGAGUAGCGAGACGCAUUAACAAAGCCAUAUCCUUCCGCAGUGGCGCUUGAGCAAGAAAGUAGUCCACCUGCCCCCUGCUGGCGGUCUUCUUAGGCCCACUUGCUAAACCCGGUCAUGAGCUACUGGGCCUUUCCUUCUCUGCCACUUGGUCUUGCUCCCUUCUCUCUUCCACCUAUCGCCAAGGCCCAGAAAAAAACCUCAAAAGUGACCCUCGAGAUGUCAUCAAGAGGGUAAUAACCUAAUAAGAAAUGAGUUGUGACGUCACCUGGGACAUAGGAAAUGGGGUUCUUGCGUUUUUCGGAACAAAGGUAGCCAGGCUGGUCCUGGCAGGAAGUAAAUGAUGAUCUUUGGGAAUCCAGGACCCUGCUUCCCAGCCAGGAGGUGGAGAAGGGGGCUUAAAACUGGAACUAAAUACUAAUACAUUGUUCUUGUGGGGAGGGGGGUAAGUAUGGAGAAUACAGUGACACAGCACUGACAAGGUAGAGGGAAAUUUGAUGGUAGAAGUGUAGCGUGGCCUGGCAAAAGUGGGCAGGAUGGGGCUUGGAAAACUAAGUUGGGCUGUGCUUCACUGUAAAUAGCUACAGCCUUUGGGUCACAGGCAGAGAUGUGGGGCUGACACGAAAAGGUCUGGGGAUAGACUUAUGCCCUCAGCAAGACUUCCUGCGUGGUAGUGGAGAAUUGCAGUCUUCCUCCUGGCAAUAAUCCUAAAGCAAUAAUGAUGGCCCCUUUUCUGUAAGACUUCCCAGGGAACUGUAAAUAAAAUCUCAGCUUGAUCCUCACAGUGUCUGAAGUUGCAGGGGCGUGGGGGACAGAGUCUCAGACUCAGAUACCUGGCCCUCUACCCAGCUGGUGCAACAGUUGAGAGCUUAGCUGCUGACUGUAAGGUUAGCAGUUCAAACCCACCCA